UCAACUGUCCGCUUCGCGCUCAGUCCCUCGAUACUAGCCGUAGUUACGUCAUCAAAACACGCCGCCCUGUGCAGCAUGGUGGAAACAUCACACUGAAGAUUUUUGACCUUCUGAAAUAUUCUGGACGUUUCUGGCAGGAUAGAACCUUCCACAAUGUCUGUGAAGCACGCAUCAGUCCAUGCCAGGUGGAUCAUCGGCAGAGUGAUCGGGACCAAGAUGCACAAGACCGCUAAAGUGCGAGUCACGAGGCUGGUGCUGGAUCCUUACCUGCUCAAGUACUACAACAAGAGGAAGACCUACUUUGCCCAUGAUGCUUUGCAACAGUGCACCGUGGGAGACAUUGUCCUUCUCAAGGCUCUGCCUGAGGCCAGGUCCAAGCACGUGAAACAUGAACUGUCUGAGAUAGUCCACAAAGUGGGUCGGGUGGUCGACCCACUGACAGGAAAAAGUGUUGCAGGGACUGAUUUUGUGGAGGCUCUGACUGACCUGGAAGAGGACAAAACGUUAUCAGACAAACUGCAGGAGCUCAGCAUCUCAGCUGUGCCGAGCGGAGCAGAUUCUCAGCCACCUCAGCCUCCUACUUCAUGAUAGACGCUGCGUUCUUUUAUGCAGCAGUCAUAUCUUAAACGUCUCUUUUCAAUAACAUUUCUGCAGAUGUUUGUGUAAAUAUGUGUGUAUAAACCAGUGAUCAUAUAUCAAUUGUGACCAGCCAACCAUCUUUGCUACCAGCUCGGGUAGUUUUGAAUUAAAGACACGUAUGUGAGGAAUUUCCAAUAAAAUGACGAUGAGAACGAA